AUGAAGGGCAUUUGCUUGGCAAGUGAGGCUCUCGCGCUCGCUGUUCGCCGCGCAGGUGCUGCCGAAGGCGCCCUCCUCUUCUUCGAGAUGAAGGCCCGGGCACGAAAAGUGGACCACGCGGUGCUGCAGCUGCGGAAGCGGCAGGAACUCCUUCGCUUCCGGCCGGCGACGCCCUGCCAGGUCCAGCUCUUCGCCAUCUUGGCCCUCGUGCCCAGCGACGACCAGGGCUAUCAGCUGCUCCGGGAUGCGGCUUGGAAGCAUGGAGACGUGGAGAUCGCCACGGUCGAUCCUGAUUGCUUGCCAAAGCAUGCCGUGAACGCGAAGCCGGACCUCGACUGGGCGGGCGACGACACGGUCCAAGCUCUCAAGUGGGACGACCUCGACUGGGAGGGCGACGACACGGUCGAAGCUCUGAAGUGGGACGUGCGAGGACUUCCGUAUGACGAGUUAUAG